ACCUUGUCUUGCCCUCCCAUCUCCUCAUCGUGAUCUUUCCGUUCCACUCGUCGGUACGUAUCGAGCAUUCACAGCCUCAGUUUCAGCCAUCCACUACAUUGGAAGACCAACAAGAAAGCUUGGUCGGAAGCAGUAUGAAUGACGGUGUUGGACCUGAUGAGACUGGUGUAUCGUUCGCGAAGAAGAACGCUAAUAUAACAUAUGGUCUUAUCGGUAUUUCUCUCAUUCUGCAAAUUACUUGCGUCACGACAAGACUCUAUGGGAGGUUGAAGCUGCGAGGCCAUUUACGGAGUGAUGAUUACAUCAUGGUAGUAGGCUCGUUGGCAGUGUUGGCGGUCAGUAUCAUUGGGAUACUUGGGCCGAAAUGGGGAGCCGGUUAUCAUUCAGAGGAUUUCGAGCCAUCCUGGAGAGAACAUUUCGCGAGACUUACAUUCGCCUUCAACAUUGCACACCCACUUGCUUGCUCGUUACCAAAGACUGCGAUAUGCAUCACAUACCUCCAGCUGUUCCCCUCUCCCAAAAACAGACUCUUUUGCCAUAUCUUUUUGGUCUUCACUAUCAGUUGGUGUAUAGCAGCAAUAACUGUUAAUAUCUUCCAAUGCAUUCCCGUGAAUGGCAUGUGGGAGUUACUCCCUAGUUUAUCAACGCGUAAAUGCAUCAAUGUAAAGGUCGCGCUGGUCAUAUCUGCGUCGUUCAACAGUCUGUCCGAUCUGUGCAUCUACUUGUGGCCUACGCGGAUGAUUUGGCGUAUCCAAAUCCCUCUCCGGCAACGACUCGGCUUGAUUGCAGUCUUUUGCACGGGAAUUUUGAUAUGUGUUACAGGUGCAGUGCGGAUGUGGUACCUUGCGCGCUUCUUCGAUUCAAAUGACCAACUCGGUAUGCCUUGUCCCGGUCUGCCCCUUGCAGCGUAGCCUCCCUUCCUUCGCCGUAUUCUGCUUGUGGUCGCCCGUUCCCCGCCCAUAUGGGCCUAUGCGCUGUAAAGCUGACCUUUCCACAUAGCACUCGCUGCCAUUGUCUGGGCCGUAUCUGUCGUCGAGGUAAAUAUGGGCGUUAUAUGCGGCUGUCUGCAUGGCGUCCGCGCCGUUGUCUCGCUGUCUCCGGGUAUAUUCUCGUCGGAAUACCGCGAAAACCAUCACCCUCAGCAUCAUUACACAAAUGGCGGCGCAGCAUUCGAAACCAUCGAUCUGCGCAACAGGUGUGGCAGCUCUACACUAAGGCGAACAGACCAGGCGUGGAUACACGACGUUCUCGGUAGUAAACCGAGACAUGGAGCGUCGAACAUUGUCGCGAUGGAAUUGAACGACCGCGCAACCCUAAAGCGGAGUGGAUCCUCUCGCAGUGACUGUAUGGGUGUCAAUACGUGGAUCACGACUGGAUCUCGGGACUCACAGCUACCGAA